GAACGAACAGACGUAACUGUAAUUCACCGGCUCAAUCGAUAGCGAAAGAGGAAGCUUUUGAUAUUCAUUCUUUCAAAACCGCACUAUGUCGUCUACGUCUAAGACGGUACGUCCGGUGGAUGGAACAGGGUUACCGGAGAAGGCGGCAGCAGCUCUGGUUAACUCCUUCCGUUUGGCCUCGGUGACGCAACGGCUAGCUUUCCACAUUCAAGCAGGAAGCAAGAGCGACGUUAAAGAGUUCCAAAUCUGCUGCAUCUCUCUCGCCAAAGGAAUUGAUUUUGCGAUAGCGAAUAACGAAAUCCCGAAAGAGGUUGAGAAUCUUCCCUCCUUGCUUAAACAGGUGUGCAUGUAUAGAAACGAUGUGUACACUAAGACUGCGGUUAUGGUGCUCAUGAUCUCCGUCAAGCAUGCUUGUAAACUGGGGUGGUUUCCGGACAGCGAGGGUCAAGAGCUCAUCGCUCUUGCUGAUCAGAUGAAGAAUGGUUUUGGGACUCCUGAAAACACGAGCCUUGCUAUUCAAAGUCCUGGUGGUACAUUCUCGCAGAUCAUGGAGAGGUUCUAUCCAUUUGUGAAGCUUGGCCAUGUUCUUGUUUCUUUUCAAGUGAAGGCUGGCUAUACAAUGCUUGCACAUGAUUUUCAUAUCUCCAAGAAUAUGCCGCAUUCUCCUAAAGAGAGAAUUCGGCUAUUUGUCGUCCAGACAGACAACAUAGACACGUCUGCCUGUCUUAUAAAUCCUCAGGAAGUCAGCUUCAUGUUAAAUGGAAAGGUGGUGGACAAGAGAGUUAACAUCUCAAUGGAUUCGGGGCCUCAACUCCCAACAAAUGUUACUGCCAUCCUCAAAUAUGGAACAAACCUCUUACAAGUUAUGGGAGAUUCCAAGGGCCAUUACAUCAUUGUAAUCGCUUUUACGGGAACAGCACUGCCACCUGAAAAACCAGUUCUUGAAGAGUACAUUCAGUCCGGAGCUGUAGAGUCAACUCCAGAUUCUGACAUCAUUGAGGGGCCAUCACGAGUAUCUCUCAGAUGUCCUAUCAGUCACAGCCGAAUAAAGCUUCCAGUCAAGGGCCAGUUGUGUAAACAUCUUCAGUGUUUUGAUUUCUCGAAUUAUGUCUACAUAAACAUGAGAAAACCAUCCUGGCGCUGCCCUCACUGCAAUCAACCUGUUUCCUACCCAGAGAUCCGUUUAGAUCAAAACAUGGUCAAGAUAUUAAAAGAAGCGGGGCACAAGGCUGCUGAUGUAAUCAUCCAUGCUGGUGGUACAUGGAAGGUUGGAAGGGAAAAUAAUGGGAACGAGGAACCUGUUCGUGAUGUAAUCCAUGAUCUUGAAGACCCAAAUAGCUUGUUCAAUGCUGGUCCAGUUGUCUUAGAUCUUACUGGGGAUGAUGAGAAUGAUGCUGAUAUUGAACUAUUUGGUAACACCAACAAGGUUGUGGACCAGAAGCCUCACCUUGCAGAUGCUCAGGGUCAAUCUAAUAACAACAACGGAAGCAAAGAUCCUGCAGCCGAAGAUUACUGCGCUGUGUUUAACUUCUCUGAUGUGAUAUCACUUGACCAGGUGAUGCUAGAUCAGUUGAGUACUGGAACUGGUCAAGAAUACUCUCAAAUACCAAUGCCUCAAGAUCCAACACCUGUACCUGCGUCAUUCUCACAGGUACCAUCUCCAGGAGAGACACCAGCUACUACUUCCACCGUCUUUCCGUCUCCUCAACUCUCCCAGGUUCAUGCUUCGCCUGUUACUCCCGCCGGAACAUAUCUUAAUAGAAUCUCUAGUCAGAGACCUUUAAUGACAAGUUCAUCACAGAGCCGGAGGCAACCAGUUCAAGUUACGAGCCAGUCUCCUGGGAAUGUUCCAUCUUUGGCUCAGCCUCCGCGUAUCCCUAGAGUACUCUCUGGCCAGCCUAACAGUUAUUUUGUGAGAAGUCUAAACAGUGGCCAUGUAACCACUCAGACGCAGCGCCCGAGCAGUCCCCCUAUUCAAUCAGUUUCCCGAAUCAGUGACCUAAUGGAUGUGGACUCGGUUACUCCUGAUUCAACCAACUGGCGUCCAAGGAUGCGAGGCAGUAUUACGCCCGGUUCAUAUUCCCCUGCUCUUGACCACAUGAUCAUCCGACCUACCCAACAGUCUCAGACUAGGCUUCACGGUUCACAACCGGCGCAGACACCACCUGUUCAUACAUCUCAGACUCAGCCGCCUUUUUCAACCGCCCCUCCGGCCUUCACGAGGCCUUCUGGACCGACAGCACCAUGGAGAACUUGAGAGGCUAGAACAAGGGAAAGUUAAUGCUUAAUUAGGACAGACAACUCUAUCAGAAUGAGCUUUUGUGACUUAUCAUCACUAUGCGCAUUUCAUGGACUUGGUCUUUAGUUGGGGGUAUUUAGUUUUAUGCUAACUUGUUAUGAUGAAGAACAAAUAAAUGUUGGCAGUACUGUUGUAUUCCACACAACGAUCCCACAAAUGGCGAAUCUUAGGAGCAGUCUUUAUUUUUCAAAUAGCUUCCUAAUUAG